AGUUGCCUCUUCCUCCAGCAUCGUCUUCCUCCAGAGCCCCGGGACACCUCUGUCCCUUCUAUCCCAAUACAAAAUCCUAGGUCUCAAGGCAAGCAAGCGCCUUCUCAACUCCCCAUCCCCAGCCUUGGGGGUGGGGCAUGAGCGUACUGCCCGGCACCUCCGAGGAGGAGGGGGUAGAGGUGGUAAUUAACCAACCGACUUUGACCCUUGAUCUGCAGGCUCUCUGGCACCACCCAGGCUUUUAAGAAAGUGGGGAAAUGAGGGUGGUGAGUGAGGGGUCCUGUGUGGGUUCUUGCCUCAACUCCCCUCUUGAGCUGUUGGGAUCUUGUGUGGACCAGUGAGUUUUGUGCCAGACCUGCCGGGCACCAGCAGCUAGUAGGAUGUUUUACAACCUAACCUUAUCUCAGGGGCCUGUAGGGGUUAUUGUGAAGGCUUCUCAAACAAGGGAGUGGGCCAGAAGGCCCUAGAAUCCUCAGUGUGGAGGGACAGGAGGCAAAAGGGAAGCGUGCCUCCCCACCUGGGGUGUGGGCUGGGGAUUUUGAGAUUUCUGCCUGGCUAUGUGUUCUGGCCAACUGUCCAGUGCUCCACCUCCGGAAGGCCUGGUGAGGGACAGGGCCCCUUCCUUGCUCCGGCCUCCUCCCCAACCUGUGUUUGACUUGCUGCUUAGCUGCUCCUUGGGAUCUGAUAAACUGAACUUGGAUUGUGCUAAAGUCAGCCUGGGCUUCUGCCCACCACAGCCCUACCAGGAGCCAGAGCCAUCAGUGGCCGAACCCCCUUCUUGCCCCAUGGCUUUGGAUAUGAGUCUUCGGGACUCCAGUUAUGGUGUGACCCCGGGGCCUUGCGUGGUGGCCCAGCUACCACCUGAAGAUGUGAGUCAUCUGACGGAUCCUCAGAGCAGGGACCAGGGUUUCCUACGAACCAAGAUGAAGGUGACCUUGGGGGACAGUGCAAAUGGAGAUCUUUUUACCUGUCACAUCUGCCAAAAGGCCUUCACCUACCAGCGCAUGCUGAACCGACACAUGAAGUGUCACAAUGACGUCAAGAGGCACCUCUGCACAUACUGCGGGAAGGGUUUCAACGACACCUUUGACCUCAAGAGACAUGUCCGAACCCACACUGGUGUGCGGCCCUACAAGUGCAGCCUGUGUGACAAGGCCUUCACCCAGCGCUGCUCCCUGGAGUCUCACCUCAAGAAGAUCCACGGUGUGCAGCAGAAGUAUGCAUACAAGGAGCGCCGGGCCAAGCUCUACGUGUGCGAGGAGUGCGGCUGCACGUCCGAGAGUCAGGAGGGCCACGUCCUGCACCUCAAGGAGCACCACCCCGACAGCCCCCUACUGCGCAAGACCUCCAAGAAAGUGGCCGUGGCCCUGCAGAACACUGUCACCUCCCUGCUGCAGGGCAGCCCCCCCCUCUGAGCAGCACGGGCCCCAGGAAGGACCCAGGUCACUUCCUGCAACCUCUUCCCGGGACGCCGGUGAUCAGAGCCAGAGCCCUCACGUCGCGUUAGACCCCUGCACGACUCGGCACUGGCUUCUGCUCACGUCUGGAAGUCUGUCUUACAGGCAGAGUCCACUCUGAGCUUGGGACGAGAUGGGCGCCUGUAUCCGGGCAGGGGUGAGGUCAAGUGAUUAAAAACAGCUGCUUAUAGAGACAGGCCCUGUUUCCUUGCAGAAGGACUCUGGAGAUGUGUUGAGAGGGGAUCCUGAGUGCGAGGUGGGCCGUGGAUCCCUGUGGACAGCAGAGUGGAGACGCCAGCACAGAGCAUCCCUGCAAAGGCCUGCGGUGGGGGCGCUGGCAGCGCUCCGCGUGCCUGCAGGGCUAACUCUCAGGGUUCCAGGGGCUCUCUGCCCUUUCAUCAGAGGCCCGUGUGUGAACAGACGUGUGCAUGCCUUGUGUAUGUGUCACACGGCUUUAUGUGUGUGAUUUAGUCACGUGUGCAUGUUGCUGCACUCAUGGCCUUUCCACAUAUCACCUCAUUCUUAAAAAACCAACCACAAGGUGCCAAGGAGGUUUUCCUUUCUUUUUCUUUUUUCUUUUUUCUUUUUUUUUUUUUUUAAAGAUGACAAAUGUACAGAUAUUAAUAUAUUUUUGGUGCCCACAGUAAGACUGUUUUAAAAGGGGUGGAGCUGGAUUUUUCUCUACCCACACUGGUUCUAUUUAUCCUGGACAUUUCAAACCUCCUCUGUGCCUUGGCUCUGGGGUAGUUAUGCAGACCCGUCCCAUUCUCUGCGAUGUUCCAUUAAAGACUUUCCCCCUGCCCUGCCCAGAAGAUGGACUGUUCCUGUCCUUCCCAGGGACAGCGCCUCACCUCUCUCUUCCCUCCCCGGCUCAGUCUCCUUCCACAUCCUUCUCAGGGCCCCAGUUUUCCUGCUAAGCCUGAUGACAAAUGACCGGGUGUGGCCCAAGGCUGAGGGUGGGUUUUACUGAUACUCUUCAACCAGAGGGGAUGCCAGUUUGACACCACGUCCAAGUCCCCCAUCUGAAGUUCGAAGACAAGGACAGGAACAGUCUGGGUUUUUUUCCUCUUGGCCGAGUCAAUCUUGAGCAGCAGCAAAAUUUGAAACAGAAUAAUCCACAUACCAGAAACUCUCAGAAGGAGCACGUCAGGGGCUGGAACUUCUCAGUCAUCUUUUUCCCUGUCUUCCAAAUGACUUUGGACUGAGCGGCCCUCUGAGGGAGUGGGUCUUUGUCCACUGGUGUGUCUAGGUAUCCUGCUGAGACCAGAAAAGGGUUGAAGAUCAAAUGAGUGUGUGUGUCACAGGUCCAAGGAGUUCUAGCCAACCUGCAGAGAAUGAGACAGACCCCCACGACAGGCCCAGAACAUAGCAGGCUGGGAAGGCCCUGAAGGCGAACAGAAGAACCCCUCUGCCUCCUCAGUGCAGUAUGCGAACACACACCCAGGACCUGACCCCAGCCUCGGGCUAGAAGAAGGAAUCUUCUUAGAUUAUCUCUGAACUCCGUAUGGACCAAUCUGAAGACUUGCUUCAUUUUUCCUCAGCGUGUCUGGGCUGCUGCACCCUUAAGUUCUUGAAUGUAAAAGUCAUUCUUGUCAGGAAGCACUGUUUACAUCUCUGUGUCCUUAAGCUCGUUGCCAAUCCGGGGCCAUCAUAAGCUUUUUGUUGUCUGUGUUAUUUUAUAACCUCCCGUUUAAUUAGUAAAGUGAGAGAAUUUAUACUGUCUGUA